AUGUACGUGCUCGUGCUGCUAUUCUUCCUUGCAGCUGGCCGUCAGGCGUUCGGGCAGCUGGUGGAUGUACUGGAUGACUGUCCGUUGGUGUACAGCAAGCUACUAAAGCUGCAGCCGAACAUCGGCGGCUGCGCAAGAGGGCUAGAGGAGUGCCUUUUUGGUAGGAUAAUGGGGAAUACCAGGUUAUGUGCUACUUGCUUGGGCAUUCUAGAUGGCGGAGAAAGAGAGGCCCGCUGCGAAUGCUUCCAAUGCCUUCUAGACAACUUCGUAUAUGGCUGCACACGACAGCCAUGCGUGCGGGAGGCCGUGAGGGGGGCCCAAAGACCAGAUGCCCCAACUAGUCACCUGCGGCCCCAGAGAUUGCUGCCACGCGCGCUGCUGGCAGACGAGACGCUGCACCGGCAGCUAUAUUCAGACAAGUAUCGAAGCGUUGUGAGUGUAUUGGUUGAUGCCAUAAACUCAAAUCGGGGCCGAGGCAAUGUUCGAUGCGGCGGCAGCACAGACGGUACGGCAGGUUACGCCAUGGGGAACUGGUCGGACGCUGGUGAUGACCGUUCUUCGAAUCAUUCGACAUUAGACAGGGCAGCGACGGCUGCGGAGGCCAUGAACACAACCUACGUCUCGCGUUCUCCUUCAUCCAAGGGUGGCCAUGCUUUUGUUGUAUCUGUGGCGGCAGCGACUUUGGCUGUGUUCAGCAUCUUCGGGUUCUCCGGCGCCAAUAGCUUCCUUCGCAGGACAACGCAGCCACACGAAGCACCGGCAUCCGCAAGCUCGGGAGCUCUGACGCUAUUUGGCGAUGUCGAUCUCGACUACCUAGGCGAUAGCGAUAUUGAGGGUGAGCAGCUCGAAGCCCUGAGUGUGCCAAUCCCACUGUCCGGCCAGUCUUCCCUGGAUAUGUUUGACGCGCUCAACGAGGCGCGGAUCUUCUAA